AUGUACCACAGCUCGCAAACCCAGUCUGCGCAACCCGCCGACGUGCACGAGUUUACACAAGGCACCUACCAUGACCCCGUGCGGAUACAGGGCACCAUGCGGACACAGGGCAACAUCAGCGAUCUAUCUUCAACCGUCAAAGGCAUCAUGAUCGGCAUCUUCUCGGUCCUAGGCGCUGCUGGAUUCGUGCUCAUCAUCGCCGCCAUCGUCUAUUACUUCCGAUAUACCCAGCAAGGUCGCAUCUUUCUGGACAGGUUAUCGCGGCCUGGAGAGUAUGAUGAUGAGCAGCAGUUUGCGAAAGAAGAGGCCGAGGCCCUUGAGGACAUGGACGACCUACAAAGAACGGAAUAUUUGAGAGCAAAAGCCUUCGUUCAAGCCAACCCGCCAGAAUCCGUCCAAACCGACAUUUCCUUGUCGCAGUUCUUGGCCAUACAAGAGAAGGGCGUGUCUGCCUGGGAGUUCGAGCCAGAACUAGAGAUCGCGAACUGCUUUGUUGAAGGCCGGACUGAGAUAGAGUUUUUCGACUCGGCAUGCAGCGUGCAGAGCAACCUACCGAUACCCAAGCAGAAUGAGGUGUACUACUGGGAGGCCAAGAUAUACGACAAGCCGGACACCACUAGCCUUGCUAUCGGUGUAACAACAAAGCCGUACCCAUUGUUUAGGCUGCCUGGCUUCCACAAAUACUCGAUAGCUUAUACGUCUCACGGCUCGCGACGACAUAAUCAACCCUUCACACCUACAUCCUACGGCCCCGCAUACGUUCAAGGCGACGUUAUCGGCGUUGGGUACAGACCUCGCACAGGCACGAUCUUCUUUACGCGCAACGGAAAGAAACUAGACGAUGUGGCACACGGUCUUAAGACUCAAAAUUUCUUCCCGACCGUUGGUGCUAAUGGGCCCUGCCAAGUACAUGUCAAUUUCGGCCAAAUGGGAUUCGUUUUUAUCGAAGCAAACGUGAAGAAGUGGGGUCUGGCUCCCAUGACAGGCAGUUUGGCUCCCCCACCUCCGUAUGGCAGCGAACAAGGGUCCAUAUUGCUCGACAGCGGCCGGGAAGGUGUAAGAGAAGGGAUGGCUGGGAAUUAUAUGUCCGCUGGGUUUGGACAUGGACGAACAAGCAGCCAGCAGAUGCGACUCGGUCGGCACCAGCCCACAAGUCCCGGUCCGCAGCGUAGCCCAACCGAUAUCUCCUUGGCACAGCUAAGCCUGGUAGAUUCAAACGAAGAGUAUGAUGUGGGCGAAGGUACAAGCGCCGAGGCGGCCAGGCACGAAGCCGUACACGGCCUUGGGUUCCUGCAAACCGGCGAUCUACCUCCAGAGUAUACCAGCCCCGUAGGCUCUCCCAACAUCAGCAGCGCAGCCAGUCACGCCGAUAGCUACUGGGAGGAACGUGCUCCGCUCAUACAAGCUCCGCAACAACAACACGCUCGACAAGCCAGCCCACCUAUACCAACUUACGACGCCGCAGUGCGUGAUUCACCUGCACCGGAACUGCCCCAGGUUCGCGUCCGCAGUGCCACAGAGACCUCGCGGACACGGAGAGGUCGUAACUAG